AUGAAGUUUGGGGAUCAUUUGGACGAGUCUACCGUGCCGGAAUGGAAGGAUAAGUACAUUAAUUAUAAACUGGGCAAGAAAAAAUUGAAAGUUUAUAAGAGAAAUUUGGAACAGCAGGCUUCGAGCGAUGUGAGUAAAUUCGGGAACGCUAGCUCUACCGGUCUGAGGGCUCCUAACUUGUCGUACUACGAUCAGGGCGCCCGACUGCGGCGUAAUGAGGGUUUUAGCACUUCGCUGGAUAGUAAUCAGUACAAUGUCUUGCAGAGAAAAUACGUUCAGGAUUUUAUACAACACUGGUUGGUGUCGGAGGAGCUGGCGAAAUGCAAUGAUUUCUAUUCAUGGCUUCUGGAAGAGUGCAGACGGAAGUUUCUGGUCUUGGAAGAGCAGUUGAAAUGCUACCAGAGCCAUGCUAGCAGUGAUGCUAUGUCGGCUCCUAGCGAUCUCAGUGACCGCGACGGCCGGGGACCGGACUACGGCAGCAUAGGCAACAUUCCCAAUGCUGCUGGCAGCGAGAUCGUCGGCUUCGCCAGGAAAAUAGAACAGUUCUUGCAGAAACAUGAUCUGAUGCCCUCUUGGCCAAAAGGGUUGCCGCUGGUUCGUGAGAACAUUUUCACGGCUCACACGGGCAAGGAGACGUUUGGCAGAAAUUCAAUGGCUGUCACUACGCAUCAGGCACAGCGGAUGCUCGGUGACGCGCUGAUCGAGUAUUACCAGUUCUUGCAACUGGUCAAGACUUACAGAGAUCUGAACGUGACCGGGUUCCGCAAGAUGGUUAAGAAAUUCGACAAGGCCUGCAAGACCAGCGAGCAGGCCAAUUUCAUGGAGUAUGCUGGUGAACACUCUCUUCUGUUCAAGCAUGUGCAGGCAAACAUACAACUCAUGGCGCAGAAAAUGAAGCAGACGUCAAGUGCCCAGGCUACCGGCGAUCUAAAAGUGUCAAACGAAGCAGAAGAUCCUUUGACAUGGUGGGAGACAAUAGUCACGGAAUGGUACGUCAAGGACCUGGCUAGAUCAAGUUCUGCGCAGAAAAGACAUACUCAGCGAUUGAAAAAACUUGCAAUUCAGUACACGCUGAACGAACAGAUGAUUCACAGGAAUAAUAGGGCAAUAGCCCAAAUGUUCUUCUCUGGUAUUGGACUGGGUGUGUCGGCUGCAUUUAUCAUUUACACUCUUUACCUUGCAUUUUUCUCACCUUAUGAUUCAAAUCUGCAUACUAUACUCUUCCCACUUUGGGGUGGCUGGUAUAUGGUGUUAUUAAGCGCGUUGCUCUUUUUGUUCAAUUGUUACAUCUGGCAUAGAACAGGUAUUAACUAUCGCUUCAUCAUGCUGGGCGAAAUACAGGCAAAAAAUGGAACUCAGUUGUUUAACAAUGAUUUUGCAAUGAGUGCCAUUUCGUUAAAGCUAUAUUUCUCGACAUUUUUUCUCGUCGCAUGCGCCGUUUGCGCUGUUAUGAGUUUCCAUUGGAAUCAAUUAACACCCUAUGGGCUUAUUUACCUCGGUAUCGUUUGCUUCCUCUUCAUUUGCCCCAAUGGCAUUUUCCCGUAUUUCGAUAAAUUGGUCGAAUCAAGGAAGUGGAUGGCUACGACUUUGAUCCGACUUGUGCUGUCAGGUUUGUAUCCUGUGGAGUUUGGCGAUUUCUUCAUUGGAGACAUCAUUUGCUCACUCACUUACUCAAUGUCCGACAUUGCUCUGUUUUUCUGUUAUUAUUCGAAGACAGCAAACUCUUUAUGCGGAUCCUCUCAUUCAAAAGCUGUCGGUGUAUUGUCCUGCAUCCCCAGUUACUGGAGAAUGGCUCAAUGUUUGCGAAGACUAGCUGAUUCAGGUGAUUGGUUUCCUCAUUUAUUGAAUGCCGUUAAAUACGCUUUUGGUAUUGCUUACUAUGCCUCUCUCUGUGCCUAUAGGAUCGCGUCUGACAAGGAAACCGUGAGAAAGCCUUUCAUCGUGCUUGCAACGUUUAACUCGACGGUAACAGCCAUUUGGGACAUUGUAAUGGACUGGUCGCUACUUCAAACUUGUGGCAAGAACUGGAUGUUGAGGAACGAUUUGUACUUGGCCGGUAGGCGUGAUUGGAAAACAGGAGAUUACUCUUUCAAGGGAAAAAUCGUCUAUUAUCUAGCCAUGGUAUGGGAUGUGUUGAUUAGAUUUCAGUGGAUUGUGUAUGCGCUGGCGCCCCAAACCAUUCAGCAAAAUGCUGUGACCACUUUCAUCUUAGCUGUAACCGAGGUUCUCAGGAGGUUCAUAUGGAUUAUAUUCCGUGUAGAGAAUGAGCAUGUUGCCAAUGUCCAUUUAUUCAAAGUCACCGGCGAAGCACCGCUGCCUUACCCAGUUCAACGACCAGAAUCGGAGGUUGGUAGUUUAUCAAGAAGCAAAGCGAACAGUUCUUUUUCGUUGUCUCAGAUGUAUAGCAACCUGGAGGAGCCUAUUGCUGCCUAUCAUUCUCUCAUACGCAGACAAACUAGUCUUUUCGGCAGUCUAUCGAGAUCCAUUCCCUGGGCACAUGCCAGUGAUUUCCAGAGACCUCGCACCUACUCUUCAAACCAACAAUCUACUCCUCAAGACAGUGACAGUGACAGUGAAAUGGAGAGUGUUAUUUAA